AUGUACCCCAGCAACAAGAAGAAAAAGGUGUGGAGAGAGGAGAAAGAACGUUUGCUGAAGAUGACCAUAGAGGAGAGACGCAAAGAAUACAUAAGGGACUAUGUUCCCCUGAGCACCAUCCCAUCGUGGAAAGAGGAGAUGAAGGGCAAGAGCCAAAAUGAUGAAGAAAAUACUCAGGAACCAUCACAGGGGAAGAAAAGUUUGAGUGAGAAAGUUUCUCUGUAUAGAGGUGACAUCACAUUGCUAGAGGUGGAUGCUAUAGUCAAUGCCGCAAAUGCCAGUCUUCUUGGAGGUGGAGGUGUGGAUGGCUGUAUUCACAGAGCAGCUGGGCCCUGUCUGCUGGCUGAAUGUCGUAACCUGAACGGCUGUGAAACUGGACAUGCAAAGAUCACGUGUGGCUAUGACCUGCCUGCAAAAUAUGUCAUCCACACUGUAGGGCCAAUAGCCAGAGGCCAUAUUAACGGUUCCCACAAGGAAGACCUUGCAAACUGCUAUAAAUCAUCUCUGAAACUGGUGAAAGAAAAUAACAUCCGAUCAGUUGCAUUUCCCUGUAUCUCAACAGGCAUUUAUGGUUUUCCAAACGAGCCUGCUGCAGUCAUCGCCCUUAGCACCAUUAAGGAAUGGCUGGCCAAGAAUCAGCACGAGGUGGAUCGGAUCAUCUUCUGUGUCUUCCUAGAGGUCGACUUCAAAAUCUACAAAAAGAAAAUGGGCGAGUUUUUCCCAGCAGAUGAUAAUAAUGAAGAAGAAGAUGUUGAUAUGAAAGAAGAUUCAGAGGGGUUAGAGCCAAAAGACCACUCUCCACCUCACAAGAAGAGCAAAGCAAAGAAGCCAGAAGGCUCCAAAGACUCCAGCGAGGAUGAGAAUGCUCCAGAGGAAAAGCCAAGUGUGGAAGAAAUAGGAGAGCAGAGCCAAGAAGCAGAUGGUACCAGCACUGCUUCGGCACCCAGCCCUUCUUCAGAGGAAGCAGCUGAAGUCUGUAAAGAUGAAGAUUCUGCAGAGGAUGAUAAUAUAACAAAAGACGGUGAAGAAACAGAUCAUUCUGUGUGUGACCAAGAGCAUCCCAGUGGGCAAGAGAAUGAUUCAACGAAGAAAGAAGUAAAACUUGAGGCAGAGUCCCAGAGUUCCUGUAUGGAAACAGAAGAGCUUUCAUCAAACCAAGAAGAUGCCAUGAUUGUGGAGCAACCAGAAGUGACCCCACUAACAGAUGACCAAGAAGAAAAUGAAGGUGAAAAAGCUCAAGGCGGGAACACACCUAGAGUUCCUGUGAAGAGCGAAGGCUCUGGCGACACAGAGAGCUCCAUGAGUCCUGAUGUUGACAUGAAUUGUCAGGUUGACAGUGUAAAUGACCCAACAGAGAGUCAGCAAGAAGAUUAA